UGGGAGGGACGAACACAUUCUGGAUUGGAUCUGACGGAGCAAGUGACAAUGUAGCGGAGUCUGGCGUUCGCGUCGGAGUUGGAAAAUAUUGCAUCAAAUUAUACAAACUUUAAUAUAUUUUUAUAUUUCACAUAUAUUUGUGAUGAGUAGGUUAUGUGUUUACUUGGCAUAAGAGGAGUACUAAGAUUCGCUUUCUGUGGGAGACUGACUCAAAAUUACUUUCCUUGAGUUAUUGGAAGGCUACGAUUACUUUUGCUUGGACCUUGGAAGGCUUUCUGAAAACUGCCACCUUGACAUGUAUUCCCGUUUUCUAACAUGCAACAACAACACUGUAUAAGGUUCUGGCCUGCUGGUUCAUGCGGCUCCAUUCCAGCCUUCUCUGUGCUCUGACCACAGCACCCGUCGGGGCCCUCAAGCACAUAAAUGGUAGCUCCACACAACUCCAACCCCUGACACAUUCUGUACAAUAAAACAUUUAGUAAAUAAAGACCGAAAGAAAGUUGAACAGGAAAUUUAAGCAGCAAAAGAGAUUUUCCGUCUCUCAGGCUUCCCUUGACUUGGCAUCCAUAACCGGACUGGGAGUUGAGACCGCUAAUUUGAAGCUGUGAGUGUCCUCCCCUCUACUGCUUCACAUUCCCUCACCUGUCAGCUGUGUGUGUUUCUGUGAGGACAGUAACUCUGAGGUAGGUUGAUGCGGCUGUGCCUCAGCAUGGCGCUGUGAGGAAGCCGCUGCCUGGACUCUGGACGGACGCCAGUGAAGUGCUUACACACCUUGGACCAUCAUGGGGAAGGAGCAGGACCUACUGCAGGCCGUCAAGACCGGAGACCUGCCCUCCACUCAGAAACUACUGGCCAAGCUCAAAGCCAGCCGAAACAAGUUGUUGGGCUCCACGAAGAGACUGAACGUCAACUACCAGGAUGGAGAUGGGUUCUCAGCUCUCCACCAUGCUGCUCUGACCGGAACUACAGACCUGCUGUCUGUGCUGCUGGAGGCCCAGGCCACCGUUGACAUCAAGGACAGGAACGGUAUGCGUCCGCUCCACUAUGCAGCAUGGCAGGGCAAGGCUGACUCUGUCCUUAUGCUGCUGCGGGCCGGAGCUGGAGUCAAUGGGGUCUCACAGGAUGGACACAUCCCCCUACACCUGGCCGCACAGUACGGACACUAUGACGUGUCUGAGAUGCUGCUGCAGCAUCAGUCCAACCCCUGUCUGAUCAACAAAACCAAGAAGACCCCCCUAGACCUGGCCUGUGAGUUCGGUAGAGUCAAGGUUGCUCAGCUGUUGUUGAGCAGUAACAUGGUGGUGGCUCUGUUAGAGGGUAAUAGUAAGGAACCUGCAGACUCAGGCUUUAACACUCCGCUGCACCUCGCCGCACGCAACGGACACAAGGACAUCAUCCGGUUGCUGUUGAAAGCGGGCAUCGACAUCAACAGGGCCACUAAGGCUGGCACUGCCCUGCACGAGGCUGCCCUCUACGGCAAGACGGAGGUGGUCAGACAGCUGCUGGAGGCUGGUAUAGACGUGAACAUCCGUAACACGUACAACCAGACAGCCCUGGACAUGGUGAACCAGUUCACCACCUCCCACGCCAGCAAGGACAUUAAGCAGCUCCUACGAGAUGCUACAGGUGUCCUGCAGGUGAGAGCUCUGAAAGACUACUGGAACAUCCACGACCCCACUGCUCUCAACAUCCAGGCCGGGGAUGUCAUCAUGGUCCUAGAGCAGCACAUGGACGGGCGCUGGAAGGGGCACAUCCACGACAGCCAGAGGGGCACCGACCGGGUUGGCUACUUCCCCCCGAACAUUGUGGAGGUCAUCAGCAGACGCUCAGGGGGCACCCUGUCCCGGCACGCCUCUCUGCCCACCCAGCGCCACCAGCUCCUCUCCAGAGCCCCCCUCUCCUCCAGCCUGAGCUCAGCCCCCCAGACCGACGACUCCUACACAAUGUACACCCCCAACAAUCCCCACAUGGCCCUCUCCCACGCCAUUGGCCUCAGCGCCAACCCAGGUCGGCCUCCCAGCAGCCUCUCUCAGCCUGGUUGUCCCCUGGAGGACAUCUGGGUGCUCAGGAACUCACACACCGCGGCAGGUGACAGGAACAGUGUAGGGAGUACGGGCAGUGUGGGCAGCACCCGUAGUGCUGGGAGUGGACAGAGCACAGAGAGUAACACUGCUCUCAACGGACAACACCACCAGACCACUGCACUCCCAGACACAGCCAAACCAGCUCCCUCUGCUGGUGACUCAGGGCAACCAGUCCACAAUAAACAGCCUGACCUGACUGCAGUGGUUCUGGGUGCUCCUCGGAGGCCGAUGGUGAACAUACUGAGACCAGGGGAACAGCAGUUUGUCUCCCCACAGUUUAUACGUCCUCUGCAGCUACUGGAGGGCAAGGAUGCAGAGGCCAUCUACCAGUGGCUGAGUGACUUCCAGUUGGAGCAGUACACUGGGAACUUCAUCACGGCCGGCUACGACGUCCCCACCAUCAGCAGGAUGACCCCAGAGGACCUGACGGCCAUCGGCGUCACCAAGCCAGGCCACCGCAAGAAGAUCUCAAUCGAGAUAGGAAACCUCAGCAUCCCAGAGUGGCUGCCUGAAUACAUCCCGGCAGACCUGGGGGAGUGGCUGAGUACCAUAGGCCUGCCUCAGUACCAAAGGAAGCUGUCAGAGAACGGCUAUGACUCCAUCAGCAUCGUACGGGACCUGACCUGGGAGGACCUGCAGGAGAUAGGCAUCACCAAGCUGGGCCACCAGAAGAAGAUGAUGCUGGCUGUGAAAAAGCUGUGUGACAUCCAGAGGGCCAUCCUGGCUGCAGAAUCUGGCCAGGGCACGUUGCGCCGCAAGCCCCCUGGAGCCCUUCACCUGGUCACCAUCGAGCCCCCUGACAGCUCCUCCGACUGCCCCUCGCCCCACACCCCCAAGAUGCUGACCUUCCAGGACAGCGAGCUGAGCGCUGAGCUGCAGACAGCCAUGUCCAGCCACUGCCAGGAGGGCCCGGCCAUCAAGAGUGCCGUGGGCAUGUCUCGGAGCCAAGAGAGCAUCGACGCCCGGUCCAGGGGCUCAGGGCGCUCCCAGGACCCCCCCACGGCCUCCAUCACUCCCCACAGCCGCUCACAGGAGAGCCUAGGGGGCAGCAGUACCUCCACCAGCCUCAGUGCUGACAGCAGCCCUGCCAAGGAGAGGAACAUUCCAGAAGGCUGGGACCAGAGGUCCAUACUACAGCAGCAGCAACUUCCCAAGCAGGUCCCCCUGGGGGCAGCCACCGUGUUCCAGUACCCAGCCAUCCCAGCCAAGCCUAAAGGCCCUGGGUCUCACUCCCUAGGCUCCUCUCCCCAGGGCUCCCCGGCCCAGAGGGGCUUCAGCUACCUCCACUCCCACUGUGGCAGCACCGACGUGGGCCACGGCUCGCCCACCAAGCCCUUGGCACACACCUACCAUUCCAUGACCCUGGCCCCGCCUAAGAAGCGCAGCCAGAGCCUGACACGCUAUGCCCUGUCAGACGGCGAACCAGACGAAGAGGAUGACGACCUGGCUCCACCCUCUAGCACCCUAGAGUCCUACGCCACCCUGACCCGCCGGCCCGGACGCAGCCAGCUGGCAGGCAUGCAGAUCACACCCGUAAAGUACGGCACUGUGGGACGUAGCCAGUCCUUUGCCGUGCGCGCUCGUAAAAAGGGUCCCCCUCCAGCCCCACCCAAGAGACUGAGCUCGGUGAGCAGUAGCCCCAGCAUUGGGUCCACUGAGAAUAUGGCGCCCUCUCCUGGGGGGGUGGAGACAGACAGCCCAGGGAGCGUGAGGAGCAUCGCAGCCUGUCUGGAGGCCUCCACUGAGGGGAAGAGCCUGUCCAGGCCCAGGCUGGACCUCCUCCAACCAGAGCCUCCCCUCCCCAGCCUCACCCCCUCAGGACUGGAGCCCAGAGAGGCCUCUGCAGGGAUGAGGAGGAGGGUGCAGAGCGAAUGUGCUCCAGCCCAAACUGACAUCCCAGACCAUUACCCAGACCCAGAGCGAGGGGUGAAGUCAGACUCUGAGGAGGAGGAACCUAAGGCACCGGGUUUGGAUGGCUCCUCAUCCCCUCACAAUAGCUCUAGCGAGUGUAUCCCCUUCGCCGAGGAGGGCAACCUCACCAUCAAGCAGAGGCCCAAGGUGGGAGGGCCGCCCAGGGCCGAGAGCACUGUGGAGAUCCCAGCAGACAAGAACCGGCCUACCAAGACAGCCCUGGAGGUGCCUGAGUUUAACCUGAAGGAGUCAGACACUGUGAAGCGGAGAUACAAGCCUAAAGACCAUGCUGGCAGCUCUCCCACCAGUGACAGUGAGGGCCAGAUAGGGUCAGACUCCAGUCCAGGCAGCAGGCUCCAGUCCGAGAGCUGUGAGGAGGUGAGUCUGGUCAGUCUGAGGAUCAGUGAGGCCAGUCUGGAGGGGCUGGAGAACCUAGCAGUGACAGGCACACCCCUCAAACCCCCAGUCUCCCCCAAGCCUCACUGCUCCCACGGACCCCCCCGUCACAGCCCCAAAACCGUCCCGACACAGUCUGGCUGCUGCUACAGCCAUAGUGCCGCCCACUAUGACUGUCAACAUGGUACAAAGUCUUGCCUUCUCAACCCCACCAUCACCCACACCCAGCCGGUGUCCCCCAGCCCCAGGGCUUCAGUGCCAGGCAGCCCAGACAGGCAAGCCCCAGGUCUGUGUGGUCGGCCCAGGCCCAGGGGUAGAGUCUGGCCCGGGGUUAGAGGUGGUGCAGCAGCAGAGGCUGGAGCAGACCAGCACCUCUCUGGAGGCAGCACUGCAGGCUGUGGAGAGAAACUCACCCAGGAGGACAGCACUGACGGUGGGUCGAACACAGUGAAGUCAGCGGGCAACAUUCUGGAUGACAUUGGCAACAUGUUUGAUGACCUUGCUGACCAGCUAGACGCCAUGCUGGACUAAGCCCUCUAUCCACUCCACUGACCAGCCCACUGACCCAUGACCCUUCACCUCAGGAAGUACUAAUGACCAUGAGAGGGAGAAUGGAGCAGGUCAACCCACCUAAGUGUUAUCUCCGACCCCGACGCCCUUCAAACUACAGACCAACCGCCACCACCAGACUAACGGAAAACAUAUGGGACUACAUUGUAGGAUGUGCCAUGGAGUGGGAUGCUUUUAAUGAACAGUGUGGAUCCAUCUCCCUCCUCCCUGCCUCCAUGUUGCCACUUCCUCUCCUUUCAACACCAGCACUUAACUCUGCUCUAUAGUGCUUUGCCAUCAGUCACAACAACCCUGUUGGUUUCAACACAGGGCCUGACAACAACCCUGUUGGUUUCAACACAGGGCCUGACAACAACCCUGUUGGUUUCAACACAGGGCCUGACAACAACCCUGUUGGUUUCAACACAGGGCCUGACAACAACCCUGUUGGUUUCAACACAGGGCCUGACAACAACCCUGUUGGUUUCAACACAGGGCCUGACAACAACCCUGUUGGUUUCAACACAGGGCCUGACAACAACCCUGUUGGUUUCAACACAGGGCCUGACUGACUGUAGAUACAUGAGGGAUGGACAACAACCCUGUUGGUUUCAACACAGGGCCUGACAACAACCCUGUUGGUUUCAACACAGGGCCUGACUGACUGUAGAUACAUGAGGGAUGGACAACAACCCUGUUGGUUUCAACACAGGGCCUGACAACAACCCUGUUGGUUUCAACACAGGGCCUGACUGACUGUAGAUACAUGAGGGAUGGACAACAUACUGUACCAGUACACUGUUGUAUUGGGUUGUUUCAUACAACACGAGUUAAACUGUGUUGUCCUUUUUAUUCUACCCAACAUCCUCCAUUUAUUUGUCAUGUUGGUGUGCCUUUCUUCCCCUCCUUUCUCACAGUCUCCACCUCUGUGUAAAGUCAUUGUUUGGCCGUAGAGGGAGAGAGAGAGACAAUGGGGAGAAGUGUUUUUAUCCUGGCCUAUAGAGGAACCAUUCCUAGACAGAAUAUUACCAUACAAUACCAUUUGUAUUAGACACUGUAUCAGUCAUUUGACCUUUGUGUUUCACCAUGUCUGACCAUUUCAAUUGGACCUUGUUGAUCUUUUCAAUACUCUUGUAUUUGAUCAAUUUUCUACCAAGUUGACCACAAUGAAAGUGUUUGUCUUCCUCAAGGCAAGGUGCCAGUAGGUUUGUGCUGUUAAAGUCUUUAGUAAUCAUUCUUUAGUAAUACAGAAUGACUAGAUGCUAUAUAGUUUCUGGUUUUAUGUAAAUCAUUUGGAAGUGCUGGAUGAUAUUGUUUAUACAAAAGGGAAGAAGACCUUUGCUUUUCAAAGCAUAUUUAGCUAUCGUCACUGUCCACACUGUCAGUAUAAGGAGUUAUGUGAUUUGUACAGCCGAGGGAUGACAUGCAAGAUAUUAAUAAUGUACACUAUUUUUUAAAGAAAAAAAAAACAUUUUAAUGUAGAUUAGUCCAACUAGUAUUUAAAUUAGAGUAUCUAAAUAUGUAUAUUAUAUACUUAUAGGUAUAUCUGGGAGCAGAAUCAUAUUCAACCAAAGUUCUUUGUACAGAUUUUCCUUCAAUAUUUUCAAUAUUUCCAUAAAAUGCAGAACCAUUGUUAAGGGGUUCUGGUCUUCCUUAUUGUAACAUGAAUGAAAUUAAUGAUCUACAUGGUUAUCAAAAUUGGUCUGUUUUUUCCCCUGUCCACCCAGCAUUAUAUGGCUAUGUUCCAUAUUUGGGCAUGCUACAGUACUUCUAGCAGGGGGAAUGAACUCUUCUAUGAUGCGUUUCUGUCUUCCUCAUGAACUUUCAAAUCAUUAACCCUGACUUGUAUGAUUGUGUAGUGUCCUCGACUGUAAAUGUUUGUGUCGUUUCAGUGUGAAUGUGAUCCCUGGCUGUAACCUGGGUUUCAUCUCUGUCCUUCUCAGGAAUGUCACACCUAUUCAGUUCAAGCUGCUGUCACGUUAAACACGCACACCUGGCUCUGUGUUAUAGAAGGAGGAACAGUGGUUUUGAACAGGUGAGGUGAAGGAGAGCCUUGCGUGAAUGUGAAAGAGGUCUGUGUCUCAGACGGAACUGAGACCUGCUAGAGGCACCUUAUUUAAGAUGGCUCUGUGGAUAUAUAUUAUACUGUCUUGAGUUAUCAACAUCGGUCCUUUUUCAUCCAGCUGGGUCUUCAUCUGGUUACAGUUAACCAUUAAAUAUUCAAGUCGGA